UUGGCACUCAGUACUGAACAUGACACUACCUCUCUGCCGGACUAAGUCCGGAUGGUCUGCCGUUUGGUGCGGGUUGGAUGCUUUUGCUGCUUGCAGCCUUUUGACGGCGGCCAUCCACGGCUCUGGAAUUCUGCCAUGACCGCGCUCUUCAACCAGUCCAACGAGUCAACGACAGACGAUCCUAUCCAAUUCUUGCAUCCCUUUUCGUCCUCCCGUUCCCAACACCAACAGCACCGUGCAAACGCCUGGAAGCGCUGCUCUCGGCGCCGAACCGUCACCGAUUGUCCGCGGGUAGAGCACAGUCCGGCAUUCCUCCAAACAUGGUCCGACAGGCGACAGCCGCGAGAUCGUCGCAGAACGAUUCAGGGUGACUCGCAGUGUUCCAAAUAGCCGGACGGCCAUCGACAUAUAAGUAAGGAUCACGUCCUCGCCAUUCCAAUGCCCUCUCACACUUCAGCAUUCUUUCCUUGUCAAGAUACUCACCAUUGCAUUGCAUCUGCCAUUCCCUGAUCUAGCCCCUUGUCUUACUUUCCAGCCAAACCCAACAACCAACCGCAAACAUGCCUGGCCUCACUUCCAACACCUCCAGCAAGUACAAUGCCAUCCCCGGUCCUCUGGGUUUGGCGUCGGCUUCGCUCGAGGGCAAGGUCGCCUUGGUAACCGGUGCUGGCCGUGGUAUCGGCAAGGAGAUGGCUCUCGAGCUCGGACGUCGUGGCGCCAAGGUCAUUGUCAACUAUGCCAACAGCGACUCGGCCGCCAACGAGGUCGUCCAACAGAUCAAGAAGAACGGCACCGAUGCCUUCGCCGUCAAGGCCAACGUUGGUGAGGUCGACGAGAUCGUCCGUCUCUUCAAGGAGGCCAAGGAGAAGUGGGGCAAGCUCGAUAUCGUCUGCUCCAACAGCGGUGUCGUCUCCUUUGGUCAUGUCAAGGAUGUCACCCCUGAAGAGUUCGAUCGUGUCUUCAACAUCAACACCCGUGGCCAGUUCUUCGUCGCUCGCGAGGCCUACAAGAACCUCGAGGUAGGCGGCCGUGUCAUCCUGAUGGGCUCCAUCACCGGUCAGGCCAAGGCUGUCCCCAGACACGCUGUUUACUCCGGCAGCAAGGGCACCAUUGAGACCUUUGUCCGCUGCAUGGCUAUUGAUUUCGGUGACAAGAAGAUCACCGUCAACGCCGUCGCCCCCGGCGGUAUCAAGACCGACAUGUACCACCAGGUCUGCAGAGAGUACAUCCCCAACGGCGACAAGCUCGACGAUGAGGGUGUUGACGAGUACGCUGCCGGCUGGUCCCCUCUCCACCGUGUCGGUCUCCCGAUCGAUAUCGCCCGCGUCGUCUGCUUCUUGGCGUCGCAGGACGGCGAGUGGGUUAAUGGCAAGGUCAUCGGCAUCGAUGGCGCCGCUUGCAUGUAAAGUACGGACAGAUAUUGGUUGGAACUAAUGAUGCGUUGCUUUCACAAUGGAGGUGUUGAUGGAUAGAUGGGGGGACAGGCUGGAUUACCGGGU